AUUUUGUUAAGUUAUAAUGCUUGGCCACUCUAGGAAUGUUCAAAGUAAAUAUUUGAACAGAGAUCUCUCCACUACGUUUUCGUUUUAAAUGAGAAAAAUGUAAUUUUUUAUUUUUAUUUUAUUUUUAAAGACUAGUCAUAACGCUAUCGAACGUUGAUAAAUGAAAUAUUAUAAAUAUUUACUGAAUGACUGAAUAGUUUAAUGAGAAAUACAUUUGAUUAAUUUAUUAACGAAUGAACUGGAUAUUUUUUAUUUUUAUGUUUCUGACAUUUAACAGAAUGUAAAUCAUAAUUAUAUAUAAUAUAUUAUUUAAUUAAUAAAAAUAUUAUUUUUUUAAUAUCUCAAUGAUUUUUAGCCUAUCAACUUACAAUACUUACAUCUUAUAAAAUAAUAGAUCUAGUUUUCUUUUAUUUUAUAAGCUUACACCUUACUUUUUAAAAAAAAUUUGUUUAAGCUUACGAUUAUAAUAUUUUUAGUUCAUAAUAUUACAUUUUAUAAUCUUUUUCUUUUAUAUUAUCUUACAUCUUAUAAUUCUUUUUAUUUUAUAAGCUUACAACUUAUCUAACAACCCAAAGUUGUUGUUUUGUCGUUUGUUUUUCUUAACUUGAUACUAAUUUCGGCCUAAUUCUAGUUGGUAAUCAUUCCCACUGCUUACCACUGAAAUCAUAAAAAUCACUUUAAAAAAAAAAUAUAUAAAUAUAAAGUUGUCCUUAAAUUAAGAUUAGCAGCAUUGGCUUGAGCAGUAAUUUAUUUAAAAUGAGGGAGAGUUGCUCUACAUGCCUACCUAUAUGUUUCAAUAGCAAGACGACCGCCUCUUUCAGUUUACAAGUUUGCAUCUCGUUACUUUUUUAGUUAACAAUCUUAUCAUUUUUUUUCUUUUAUAAGCUUACACCUUAUGAUUAUGAUUUAUCAAGUUUAUAAAAUUACAUCUUAUCUUAUUUUUUCUUAUUAUAAACUUACACGUUAUAAUAUUUUUUUUUUUCCCUUUAUAAGCCACUAUUAAACUGAUUACAACGGAUGAUGAAGUUUACAGUUGACUUAUUUAUUCUAGGCUAUAUGAAAUAUUCAAUUCCAGACCGCCUAAUACGUCAUCCCAAGAAAUGGAAAACAAAAGGCAUCAGAGAUGGGGACUUGGUAAGGAACAUUAUUGACUAUUUUCUUUCAACCCGGCGCCUCCUUGUUUGUAAUCUAAGUUGUUAACGCAUGCUGUAAACUCCAAUGCUUAAAAGGCUGAGAUGGUGUGUACCAAUACCGUCUUCUUGGUGUCCACACUACGGUAACCCUUUAUUUGACACCAUUUCCCAAGUCUAAGCUUGUUUCCAUAUUCUAAUAGUUCUAACUGGUGGCUUUAUUCUAUUUAUUUGUUUACCUUUUUCGUAAACUGUUAUUUGUUUAUUUAGAUCAAGUGUGCUACCCACGUGUGUUUAACACCUGCUUCAAAAGGGUGGGUCGGGGGUGGGGUAUGUCAGUAGAUUCAGCUGAAUGUUUGAAAAAACAUUUUGUAUUUCCAUGCAGCUGGUCUGUUGUAUUUCGAUGCAGCUGGUCUGUUGUAUUUCCAUGCAGCUGGUCUGUUGUAUUUCUAUGCAGCUGGUGUGUUGUAUUUCCAUGCAGCUGGUCUGUUGUAUCUCCAUGCAGCUGGUCUGUUGUAUCUCCAUGCAGCUGGUCUGUUGUAUCUCCAUGCAGCUGGCCUGUUGUACUUCCAUUCAGCUGGCCUGUUGUAUUUCCAUGCAACUGGUCUGUUGUAUUUCAAUGCAGCUGGUCUGUUGUUUUUCCAUGCAGUUGGUCUGUUGUAUUUCCAUGCAGCUGGUCUGUUGUAUUUCCAUGCAGCUGGCCUGGUACGAUUUUCGAUGGUUUUAUUUUGCCUAGGCUGUCCAUAAAGUACUGUUCAUAUAAUCAUGUCCACAAAGUACUGUUCAUAUAGUGCUGUCCACAAAGUACUGUUCAUAUAGUGCUGUCCACAAAGUACUUUUCAUAUAGUGCUGUCCACAAAGUACUGUUCAGAUAGUGUUGUCCCCAAAGUACUAUUCAUAUAGUGCUGUCCACAAAGUUCUGUUCAUAUAGUGCUGUCCACAAAGUACUGUUCAUAUAGUGCUGUCCACAAAGUACUGUUCAUAUAGUGCUGUCCACAAAGUACUGUUCAGAUAGUGCUGUCCACAAAGUGCUGUUCAGAUAGUGCUGUCCACAAGGUACUGUUCAGAUAGUGCUGUCCACAAAGUACUGUUCAGAUAGUGGAGUCCACAAAGUUAUGUUCAUAUAGUGCUCUCCACAUAGCACUGUUCACAUAGUGUUGUCCACAUAAUGAUGUCAGCAUAGUAAUUUACACAUAUAUGUGCUGUCCACAAAGUUCUGUUCACAUAGCGUUGCCCACAUCAAGCUGUCCACAUAGUGUUGACAAGAUAGUUGUGUCAAAACGGUGAUGUACACGCAGUGCUAUAAACAAAGUGCUCUCUGCAUGCCGCAUAGUGUUGUCCACAUAGUGUUGUCCACAUAGUGUUGUCCACAUAGUGUUGUCCACAUAGUGUUGUCCACAUAGUGUUGUCCACAUAGUGUUGUCCACAGUGUUGUCCGCUUAGUGUUGUCCACAUAGUGUUGUCCGCAUAGUGUUGUCCACAUAAUGUUGUCCUCAUAGUGUUGUCCACAUAGUGUUGCCCACAUAGUGUUGUCCGCAUAGUGUUGUCCACAUAGUGUUGUCCACAUUGUGUUGUCCACAAAGUUCUGCUCGCACAGAUCUGAGGUUAGUGGCAUCCUCUAAAAAUGAUCAAGCCACGAUAAAAAACUUAAUCAGACUCUCAACGUUUUUAAUAGUCCCAACUUCGUCACCGAUGACGUCGGCUUAUGUAUCCCUCGCUCUAUCUAUCAGGUGAUCAUGAAAGCCUUGGUGACUUCAAAGGAGAAGGCGCACUAGAGAUGUACACACAAUGUGAAAAACAUGACAAACAUCGCAGCUUUGUACCUAUGGAACUCUUCACAAUCUCCGACCUGCCGCCCGAAUAUCAAAACCCACUAGUUUAUGAAAUGAUCCAGGUGCAGGCAGCGCUGACCGUCAGGGUCAGUGUGGAAUGGACGAGCCCGAAUCGCCCGAGAUCGACUUUAAACGAUGCGACUAUUUAUCCAGUGUAUCCUGGUGGAAUAUCUGGCGAACGAAAUGCCGGGCAGUAUCCGUUUUCGGACAAGCGCGGAACCAACGAUCUUAGAGUAGGGAGCGGAAUCGUGUGGCAUGUGGUGAUGCACGAGGAAGAAGAUGGCGCCACGUGUCCUUGCGGGGCAUGCGUCAACUCGCCAACACCCUCGAAGGAGUGGGCCGAGUUGAUUGUCUACACGGCCGUUCAUCUCAUCUUUGAUGAGGCUGAAGCCCAGAAAGCCAGCUGUCGCUUGCAUUACGACAAGGUAUCCUCCGGGAACGGAGACCUCACGCUGCUGGAAGGUGUCGGAAUCAAAACCCAGUCACGUAACACCGAUGAGAGGAGACCGAUUCCCUGCGUGACCCCUAGCGUGGAGCUGGUCGAUUGUGACACCUGCUGCCUGAUCUGUGUCACACACGACACGGCGCUGGCCGAGAAGCUGCGCGGCCUAGAGUUUAAGUAUUAUGACCUGGUGGGGAAGGUCAACGACGAGUACUCCGGCAAGGAACACCGGCUGGUGGUGAUCGUGUCUCACCCCCACGGCUGCCCAAAGUACGUGUCCGUCGGUGAGUGGACUGAGCAGGAGGAGCUAGAUUUUGGCGAGACGGCAUUUGCGUACCAGUACCAGGCACCGACGUGUCCAGGGAGCAGCGGGGCCUUCGUGUACACCAUGGGGCACAUAUGGACAGACCCGCACGUGCACUCUUGUUCAAAUAAGGAAAAUUGUGGAUACAGUUCAACUGCUGUAAUAUUUUAGUCUAGCAUCUUAUAAACUUUGUAUUUAUAUAUAACAUUAACAAAAUGUGUAUGUAAAAUUUAAGAUCUACUAAUUUAUAAUAUACAUGCCAUCUGUGAUACAGGACCUAUUAAUUUAUACAUGCCAUCUGUUAUAUAUUGAUUUAUACAUUUUCACCUGAGGGCAAUGUGCCCUUUUUUUUUUUUUACAGUCCUGACAAACUUUAUUGAUUUUAAUUCAACUAGACUAUUUAUUUACUCUUUACAAAUGAUUGUUUAUAUUUAUAAAGGUGACUUAUAUCAAAACAGCUUUACUUUAGUAUUCCCUCUUCGGAGUUAUCACCUUUUGGACCACAUUCUCAGUUUGUCCCUAAAGUACCAGCUAACCCCUAGUGGGGCACAUCUUGAUACUUAUCUCAAAAAGUAGAUGGUCAUAAUUGAAGAAAAAAAAAAAGAUUCUUUCACCAUUGCAGCUGGUACCUAUAGGUGCACUCUUGCACGCUCUGGCGUCCAGGUAUUUGUUAUUUAACAAAACACAUAAUUAUCAACCGCUCUGAGUUAUCUGAUAUUUAAAUAAUUUUUCUGUAAAAUUUGAAUGUGAC